AUGUCGGCUAUGCGCGAGAUUGAGAACGAAUGGGUGUUGGACUUGGAUACGAAGAAAAUGGCGGCCAUGUCGGCGACCGAUUUCAUGGUGUCGUUGGCACUCCCCGAAACGUUUCUAGCGGGCGAACCAGAGGCAAACCAUGCCAGUGUGCUUCGGUUGUGGACUAGCUUUUGCGCCAAAGUACGCGAAUAUGUCAAAGCCAAGCAUUCCAUCAUGCAAGUCCAAAAUCGUCGCUAUCGCAAGGCCGUCUUUCAUUCCACCAUGGAAAACUUGUGUCUCCAAUUCUCCCGUCGCACGGAAACGCUCAAGGUGCGACUGAUUGUUCAUGACAAGGCAACCACGGGUAGUGGCAAGACGACGUACCAACUCAAGAUUGUGCGUCUGAGCGACAUUCCAGAUGAAUGCCGCAAUGUCCAAUUCUGCACGGCCGAAAUUCCACCCUCCGAAAUGCAAGCGUAUGCCGAGUUUGUCCAAACCACACCUAACAAUGUCGUCAUCACGGGACGAAACGCCACGGCCAUUCAAGUGCAACCGGCUGUCGUCUUGUCGGAUAGUACGGAUACUUCCAGUAGUGUGGUGACACUGGAAGAAGACCAAGGUGGAUUGGUAUGGUCCACACGGUCUCUGGACAAUGUCGUCGUUGCAGCAACCGCCGAGGUAGAAGACAUACACAAUUUGCACUAUAUCAAUCCACCCAUUGCCAUGGCAGUGGCAGAGAUACAGUCACAACCAGCAGUGCCACCGGCAGCAGCAGCAGCAACACAAUCCAAAACGGUACUGGAGCGAAUGCAAGAAUUGGAAUCCAUCAAGCCGUUCUUGUCAGAGACGGAAUACCAAACCAAACGACAAGCCAUUCUGGAUGGAAUAUAA